UGUUUGUCCUUGCUCCUGUUGAUGGUUGUAACAGAACUCGCAGGAACCACCCUUGUUUACAAGAAGCAGCAUAUACUAGGCCAGGCCCUCAGUAACUAUAUGGCUCAUUCCAUGCACAUCACUUCUGUAGACUAUGGACUUAAUAUCUCUGACACACAGCUAUGGGAUGAGAUCCAGAUGGAGAUGAACUGUUGCGGUGUCGUGUCUUACAAGGACUGGUUCCUCACAACAUUUGGCAAUGGUACAGAUGUGCCUGACUCUUGUUGCCUCCUUGUUGUAGAAGGCUGUGGAAAAGGUGUUGCUAAUUUAGCAGAUCCAGAUGAUGAAGUUAUUACAGAGGGAUGUCUCCCAACUGUCCUGCAUUCCAUUGGGAUUGAUUAUCACAGUUUGAGCAGAGGGGUAUGGCUGCCUGUGUGUGCCAUGCAUGUAGCUUUGAUGGUGCUCCUUGUGGCUACGUCUAUGUUCCUGCAGGAGAGCUACACGGCUACAAAUCUCCGUGCUUACUCCAUGUCAUCCAGUGCAGUUGAUAGCAGUCACAAAUACCACCAGUUGGAUGAAGAUUGUUAAAAAGUAUUCUGGAAAGGAAAGGAUACCAUGGCACUGUAGUAUGAUCUGAUAUAAAUGAUCUACAAUUCAAUUAAUUCUAAUUAGUUUUGGUUAGUACUACUGGUUUUAGUUCCAUAGUUUUGGGUUUAUUUUAACAUGCACUUUCUUGUGUUGACAGUUGCAGGGUCAUCAUUUAGCAUUCUCAUUUUUUCUUCCAAAUUAUUAUUUGUAUAGAUUCUUUGUGAAAGAAAGUAAUGGACAUCAUUACUUUUAUUAUUUUAUUUGCUUUGUUUACAUAAUCCUUUGGAAAUGAUAUCUUUUUAUUGUUUUUUUUUAUUGCCUUGCAAGGUUGUGUGUAUAUUUUGUAAUAGACUUUAUUUAUUGAAUAACUCUUACAUAUAUAAUGAAUUAAACUGCUUUAAUUUUUGGAUCAGGUGAUAAAAGGGUUUUACUAGCAAGGUUGUACUUACAAGUUAUACUCGUUAAUAAGUUGUACCUUUUUUUUAUCUUGUAUUAUUCAUGCUAAUGAUGUUUUUUUUUUUUAACAAAAGUGGCUGUAUGGUUUAAAAUCUGAACAGUAAGGCUAAAAAACUUUCAGACUUGAAAUUAUUAGUCAUAUUUUGCACAAAGUUCAGACAUCAACUUGUAAAUUUUUAUGUGCCUUGCUAUUAGACCUGUGAUGGGUUUUCCAUACAUGAUAGAAGAAAAGAUAUUGCAUAUACAAAGAAUUAGUUAGAAAAAGGAGGGUAAGUAUGACACUAAAAACACGUCCAAGUAGAUGAGUCGUAAAGUUAGACAUUUUUCCAUCAUGUCUUUGCUUCACCCCUUUAGUGGAGUUAGAAUUAUCCUCAUAAAAGGUAUGCCACUGUUAGCAUCCUGAACUACACCUCUCUAACGAAUGUAACAAGUAAUCACCCCUAAUAUAGGACAUGUUCUAAAUACCUGCUUGCUUGUAUUAAAGUAGAUAUGUAUGCAGUACCAAUGUGUGCAAAUAGAUCUUUUUCUUUCAAUUUUUUCUUUUCUUCUCUAUUGUUUUCUAAUUUUUCAAAUAUAGGAAUUUAGUUUGGUUUAAUGGAAGGCCUUUUGGUUGACUUAUAUAUAGGUGGUGAUUUUACAGUUUCCUCAAGAAUUAUAGUGGAAGAAAAGAAAAAUUUCCUUUGUGCAAUACUUUGAAGCACACUAUUAGGUACUCAUCUUGUGAGGUCAAUUUAUAUGACUAGUUUGAUUAGGUGACAUAACAUAUUUUUUUCAUUUGUGGGAGAACUGUGUAUAUAUAUCUCAAAUGUAUAGAAGGCUUAGAUUUCGCUCACUAUAUGUAACAAAUGUGAUAUUGAAACUUUACUGUAAAGGAGAAAAAAAUGGACAGUUUUUGUAUUUUAAGGACAGUUUCAGUUCAUUAAGACAAGUGUGUGCAUGUGUGUGUGACUGACUCUAAUAGACUCUUUAUUUAUUGAAUAACUCUUACAUGUAAGACUGUAAAGGGGGAAACCCGGAUAUAACAUCUAGACCAUACAUCUUGCUUCUGAUUUAAAGACCUGGCUGGAAAAAAAAUUCCUGGCUUUUGACUAGGUGAUAGAGUAUGCAAAAAUUAUGUAAUUAUCCUGAAAGACCUAUAUAUCUCUAAUGUGUAAAUUGACUUUACAUGAAACUUUUAUUUGCAACAUGAACAAUUCUCAAGUUUGGGAAAAGUACUUAUAAGUAAGAGGAGAAAAGUUACCGAUAAGGGAGAAUUUUGGAGGGUUUGAUUGAGAGAAGAGUGUGUGUGAUAUAUAUACUGUAUCACUGAAGCUAAGUACAAGUGUGAAUAGUGUGUUUUUGAAAUGAAAUAUCAGUCUGCAGGAGGUAAAGUUCAGUUAGUGGAAACUCCAGCUGAGGUAUUAACUCUGAAUAUUUGUCAGUUAAAAAGAAGGUGCACCCCAUUUUACUAAUGUGUGUGCAUGAUGCUUGAGACACUCAUACAUGCAUACAGAUACACACACAGACUCAGACAUGCACACACAGUUCUCUCUCUCAUAUUAACUUGCAUCAAGUAACAUAAAUUAAUAAAAAUGCCUGAUUUUGUUUUCUAUUGGGGUACCCUUAUCAAGUAUUAGUGUUCAGCCUAAUAUUAGUAUUCAGAAAAUAACUAUAAGGUGAUGAGGGAACAUAACAAGAUUGGGAGAAAAAUAUUUCCUUCAUACUACUGAAUAUGUUGUUUAGAAAGAUCCCUUUACAUUGUAACAUGUUCAGCACUGUCCAUACUGGUGUUUUGUAUGCAAGGUUUUAUGCACAUAUUCAGGAAUCCUUAAUGUGACCCUAGUAAAUAGUUUUAAAAAGUAUCAUGUUCAUGUCAUGCUUUACAACAUAAACCAUUUGACCCCUGAAAAGAUUGUCAUGGAUCCUCAUUAAUAGGUAAUCCAUAUUUUCUCCCAUUUAAAUGAUAAUUCUAGUUGUUCAUGUACCUUGAAUUUUAGAAUUUUCUUGGAAGUGAAUGAUAGAAAUUUUAAUAAUGCUGUAGCUCAAACAGGAAUGCCACUUUUAGUGAAUAUUGUUUCUUUCUGGUGUCCUAUUUUUGUUUUUUUGCUGGUACAUAUAGGAGUGUCUUUGUUCCAUGAACAUUGCCAUCAUUAAACAAUACAUGCAGUUUUUUCAGAGAAGAACAUGGAAGAAGACAUAGCAAAGAAGUUCAGAGGAUAUAUCAUCACAUGCAGUAGGAUUUAUAGCCUGAAUUUUAAACUUAGUCGAAAGAUAGGGCAAUGGAAGUUGUUUUUUAUGUAUGUAUGCGCUGGAGGAAUACUUAAAAUUUGCUCCUGACUUGUGUUGAAUUAAAUUGAUUUAGAAGGGUGCAUUUGUCAGAUUUUUUUUUCUUUUUAUUUAAUUUGUAAAGAUAAACACCAAAAAGGAUAUCUUUAGAAAUUAUUAUAUUAGGGGGAUGGGGAAUAUAAAAUCAUAUAUAUUAUGGUAGCAUAAGCAAUGUAAGUAGUGACAAUUUUGAAUUUUCCACUUAUUCUGAAUUCCACAGUCUCUUGCAGUGAAUCUCCAAUGAGUUCAAAGAAUUGGAAACUUCAUCUUAAAAAGUCUGUAGUUUUGGCUAUGCAUAAUUAUUUUUUUAUUAUGAAAGUAAUCACUCAUACGAAAUAUAUGUUGCACAUGCAUUAUAACAAACCAUUAUCAGAACAGAUUUAUAUGAUAUGGCAGAUAUUUUGUGUAUAUUAUGGAUUAAAUAAAGUGGCUUUGAUAUAUGGAU